AUGAAGGACGCCGCCCAGGCCUCCAUGGAGACUCCUGAUAUUUCUUUAGCCAGCAGUACUGGUGCUGUAACCAACGAAACUCUGGACGCCAUACCAUCUGGUGCUGAUGCUGAUGCCAGGAGCAAUUGGGUUCAGACGCGAAUGUUCCAUGCGAAACCAGUCGUGACGCAGAAGUCUGACCACUUCUUGACCAUCUCCUUUCUUGAUGAUAAGGAUAAAGCGACAACAGAAGAAUUCCCUGAGAAGGCCUUUGUAGGUGCCAUGGCGGGCAGCUGCGAACAUGGAGAUGAUCCCAUUAGAGAGCAAUACUGCAAGCAUCACAGAUGCUGA